GCGCGCGGCAUGGCUUGUGGUGGAACGGGCGGCUCCCCUGUCGUGCCGCUCUGCAGCGUCUCUGUGCUGGGGCUCGAUCUUUAUCCGAUACACUGGCUUGAUACUCAUGUUCCAGGUAAAAGGAAUCAGGAGUUCCGAGCUGAAACCUGGAGAGCAAUGGAGAAGCUUUAUGAGAAAGGUGUGUGUAGAUCAAUUGGCGUAAGCAAUUUUCAUAUCAGUCAUCUUGAGCAACUACAGGAAGACUGUGUGGUUACCCCACAUGUUAAUCAGGUUUUCAAUUUUAAUCUGAGGGAAGAUGAUGUGGAAUUUUUGAACAUCAUGAAUAUCAACAGAAAGCAAAUUCAUCUCUUAGCCCUUGUGGAAAGCAUAACUUAAAACGGGUUGUUUCAGACUUCAAAAGUGGUGAAUUUAAACUUUAAUUCAUUUUAAACUGAAGGAUAAGUUGUUGGGUACUCGGAGUACCUAGUCAGCACCAAUUAACAAUCAAAAAUUGGUAUUAAUAACUUGUGUUUACAAGCACAUUGACCAUCUAAUUAAAUCAUUUUAUAUUCUGUUUUUUGAUGCUUUCUUGCAGAUACAAAUAUGCUUACUUAAAGUGUUUUGUCUGUUUUCUCAAAGCUGUCUGGCACGUACUUCCAGCGUGGGUUAAGCUAUAUCAAAAUAUUAUAAUUAACUUGCUUUACCUGCAUGUACAUAAUUUAAGGUGUUAUUUUAACCCCUUGGAACAAGUUAGUUGUGCUUUUUUCUCUGUCAGAUUUUGUGAAGUAUUAGUUACUUCAAGAUACAGAUGGGAGCAGGCUACAAUGUGCAGAACAUUUGUAACUGCUUGGGUGACUAACAGAAAUUGGAGCAAGUAGGUACUUUUGUCCUUAUGAAAAUUAGUUCUUGUUAUUUCUACCUGCACUUUAUGUGAGUAUCGUCACUGAUGUUUUUUCUCUUAGUUCUGAGAAGUUACCUGGCUUUGAGAUAAAACUUACAGAGCUGAAAGUAGCAUAUACUUCACAAUUCACAAGAUUGUCUGCACUGCUUAAGAAACAGUUGUGUAAUAUUAUAUUUGAUAUAUAAUAUAAUUAUUAUAUAUAAUAUAUAUAAUAUAUUCGUAUUUAAUAUAUAAUAAUGUUGUAUAAUUAUAUAAAAUUAUAAAUAUGAAUAAUAUAUAAAUAUAAUAUUUGAUAUAUAAUUCUAACCAGGCUUGCUUCACAGUAUCAAAAAUGGUAUAAAUGCCUUGCUUUCAUACUCUGUACUAAAUUUAUGCCACAUUAUCUUCAUUCAGAUUAAUAAUUUAGUUAUGAUAUUUCUGUAGGAAUCAUAAUCUCAGCAUUCCAUUCAGGUGAUAGGCUAUGUAGUAAGAAUAGCAUUCUUGUCUCAGUUGGUAUGAUGUAAAUGUUUACAAAUUUAUCCAAAAUACAGUACGUUUGUUCCAGCUCUACAUCAAAAACCUGGAUCUGAAGUAAUUCCUUACUACUUAACGUUGUUUCUUGCAUUUCCUCUAGUCAGGGGAACUUGGGAGAAUUCAGCUGCCCACUCUUUGUACUUCCUUAGUAAACAAAACUAUUCCACUCUGAGGAUCUCCUUUCUUGACCUGGCACAUCAUGGAGAAAUGCCUCUGCUUUAUAGUCUAAGCUAUGUCAGGGUGAAUAAAAGGACUUUUUACAUGUAUAGAUUAAGAUUUUCAAAGGUGCACAAAGGUAUUGUAUUGGGGAAAAAUCCUUCGGAAAUCUGUCUUGUGGGGAUUUCUUGUCUCUCUUCAGGACGAGUGAUGUUCAGACACUCAUCUGUUGCAAUUGUGAGUCGUCCCAUUGUGCCUGCACUGUGAGAGCAGUGCUAUUUUCUGCUGGUGUUGGAGCCUACUGAUACAGGCUUUGGUAAUAGCCCACGUUGCAUUUUCCUGCAAGAUGGCAUUGUUUCCUUUUCCUCAAUUAAGAGUUACCAGGGAUAAUGCUGGAGAGAAAUGUUUCUUUGAGAAGUUUUUUUAUUUUCAGGCUCUUCGCUUUGAAUUUCUUUUUAAAUGAUCCCUUCAUAAAGUACUCUGAAAGUCCCAGUGUUGCUCCCCACGCUGGUGGGAUGAGUAGGUGCUGUCAGCUGUCAGCUGAGUCUUCCAACCACAAAUUGUGUAAUUUGUGAAGGAUCAUAUCAGUGCCUUUUCUUGGGACUGAUUAGUCUGUCAGAUAUGCACACACAGCCUUCUUUGAUUUCACUGUCAUAAAAUGAUCAGUCUGACUUGCAUCACAUUGUUGUGUGAUUUGGGUUAAGACAAUGAAACUAAAUUUAUGCAGUUUCCUUGGGGUUAUCCUAUCACCACUGCCCCGUGAAUUAGCCAGGUUUCUGGAAUGCCUACCGCACUGAGUUCCUGUAGUUUCACAAGAGCGCUGGUUAUCGCAGGCAGCCAGGAGGUAUGUAAAACAAGACUUUUUGUUCAUCAAAGAAACUUAAGUAUAAAAGUGCGUAUACAUGAUAUUCAUCAUGUAGUCCCAUCUCUUUUUCAAUGACUGUAGACAAUCUCAGUUUUCAAAGGUGUUAUAUACAUUCAAUGUCUUCUAUGUACUUUGUGGAAGUGCAAGUGUCCUUCUCAUUGGAUCUGGCAGAUGGAAGGUACUGAGGCAAGAAUUCUUGCACCGUUGAUUGGGAUGAAGUAUAAUCCUGGCAUAAAUCUUCUCACUGAACAUCUGUCAGUGUGCUCUUGUUAGAGUUGGCUGAAAAAAAAACAGAAUUUACCUGGUUGUGUUAUUCAGUCCUUGCGAGGAGGCUACAAUCUGUGCAACUGAACCGCAUUAACCUGCAUGAACUGAGGUUUUACACAGCCCUCAGAGCAAAAUCAGCUGCUUUGGCUUUGUUUGCUUGGGAAGGAUGAAGUGCUUUUUCAGCAUCCUCACUGCUACGUGUCAACAUGGCUACAGAUAUGUGUGAUCAUAUAAUUUUAACAGUGCUUUUUGUGAUACAGAUGCCCAGCUGUUCGGAGUCAAACUGAAAUUGCCCAGCCAUUUCACACAACCUCUGACAAAUAAUUUGUUGGACGUGACUUCUUUGGGCUUCAGCCCUCUCAGCUGCUUUACCAAUAACUCUAACAUAAAAACUUGUACAUCUGGCUGUUGAAACCCUGAGCCACUCAGUCCUUUAAUUAAAGCAUGUUCCUUUAUUACGUCCCUCUUGCUUAAGAUUAUGAGAGAAAAAUUUCCUAGAGGAGAAUGCCUAACAAAUAUACUUUUAUAUAGUAUUUUCUAUAGAUUAGCUGAGUAAGGGGGAAAGCUUGCUGUAUCUAGGGUAUGUCAGGCAGUUGCAGGGGAUGCACAUGUCAAACUCGAGCAUGAUUUAUCUUGCAUGCCUUUUCUGACAGUUGUAAUUUAACGGCUGUAUUUUCCUCCAGGCUCUCAGGAGGCUGAACAUCUUUUCAAGUUUCUAGCUUGGUGGUGGAGGAGUCAACGUCUGUUUGCCAGUGUAAUUUACUGAGUCAUUCUGGGAGAGGUGUGGAGCAACUGAAGCAUGAGGAUUCGCAUAAAUAUGAGAGGGACUCUUCCCAGGGCAGCACUGCCAUUGCCUCGUUAAGAGGAGAGCUGCUUCCCCAUAAUGACUGCUGCUGCUCCCUGAUAUGUGGUGCAGUGGACUAGAAGGCGAUACAUUGUGCUCUGAUUCAUUGUGAUAUUAUUUUGCAUUUCAAUUUGGAGUUAAAAAGAACAGAGUAAGAAAGGAAGAGGAAAAUUUCUGCACUAAGAGCAACUCAAGGUAGCCAAAAGUCACUGAGCUGGGUGGUUUUGGAGGAGUUAUAAAACCUGAACUCACUUCUUUCUCAGUCUUUAUAUAAUGGCACUGCUACUGCUGUUUAAAAAAAAAAAAGAGAGAGAGAGAGAGAGAAUUUACAACUUA